AUGGGUAAUAAGCAGACGAUAUUUACUGAUGAACAGCUAGACGCCUACCAGGACUGCACUUUUUUCACACGCAAGGAAAUUCUUCGGUUACAUGGAAGAUACCAUGAACUGGCUCCCCAUUUAGUUCCCAUGGAUUACACCAAUGAUCCUGAUGUUAAAGUUCCUUUAAGUCUCAUAGUCAACAUGCCAGAGCUUAAGGAAAAUCCAUUCCGUGACAGGAUUGUGGAAUCCUUCUCCGAGGAUGGCGAGGGAAACCUCAGCUUCAAUGACUUUGUGGACAUGUUUUCAGUUCUCAGUGAAAUGGCCCCCAGAGAGCUAAAGGCCAUUUACGCUUUCAAAAUAUAUGAUUUCAAUGUGGACAAUUACAUCUGCAAGGAGGACCUUGAGAAGACUCUGAACAAGCUGACAAAGGAGGAGCUGACUCCAGAAGAGGUUACCUUGGUGUGUGAGAAGGCGAUUGAAGAGGCAGACCUGGAUGGAGACAGCAAGCUGUCCUUUGCCGACUUUGAAAACAUGAUUUCCAGGGCUCCUGACUUUUUAAGCACCUUCCAUAUACGAAUCUAAGAGGGCUUCUACUUCAUUAGAAGAUUACCUAACCGAGCUUCUUUGGAGUCCCUGGUCUUUUUCAAACAGCGCUGACUUGUUGGGAGAGUCGAACUCGGGAUCUCUGUGGCUCUGUCUUUACUUUUUGUGGUUUUUUUUCUCUUUUUGAGGAAGCACAUUUUCGAAAGAGGAAUAUUGAGAAAAUGCAUGACAAUUUUUCCUACUGGAAAUAUUCAACCAU